AUGCCUACAAAAGAAGCUCUUAGAAUGAGAAUUAAGUAUGUUAGAAAAAAUACAAUAUCACAAGAACCCAAAACUCUUAAAGAAAUUGAUAUUUUAAUUAUAUUACAUUAUACUUUAGAUAGAA